UCCCAACGGCCAACCGCGACUGUUUCUCGCAUCGGGAAAUCCUCUCCUGAAAAGACCUGCUUGACGGGAUUUGCACUCCAGGACGAUUUCAAACGCAGUUUUCCGUUUCAACGCCGACUACGCUUCUACACAGAACAGAACAGGUACAAUGGAAAAUAGUGGAACUUUGGCCGAAGAUUCGCCCAUGACAUGCCUAGCUACAGAUUUGAACUCUGCAAAUCUUAAUUCCCUACCGCGGACAAAGUCGCUUUCCCCUCGGACAGUGAAUACUCCGUCCACUCCUAAACUGGCACCAAGAAAAAAGCUAUUGUCGAGUGGACUGAGGGUUAGCACUCCGCCGAGUAUCCGUCCUGUUUCGAGGAGGCUUCAACUCGUCCCGGAUGAAAACAAUCCUCCUUCUCCGCCGUGCAAUGUGAGUAACAGGUGUCAGUCGAGAACACCGUUGGAUGACCACGACGCCAACUCGCAGGAUAGCGGCUGUGCGAUGUCCUUCUCGAGCGAUGAUUCCCAAGGUUUCAAGUUUGCUGAACCUUGUGGAUUCGCUCCAAAAAGGUUGAACAGUAUGGAGUCUCCGAGGAGGAAUUUUCAGUUUUAUUCGUUUUCGUCGACGUCAUCUGAUAAUUCAAAUUCUUACGAUGAUUGUUUUUUUGAUAAUGCCUCUGUGCUGCCAGAAGCAGACCAAGAGGAGAAUACGGGGCUGCCAGAAGGGAUGGGGAUUCUCCUCAACGGUAGGAUACUCAGCGAGUACAGUCCUAGAAAACAACUGGGGGACGGCAAUACACCUAAGAGGAAAGUACGUGCAGUUUCCAUGCGAGAUGAAAUUAAAAGGCCACUAUCAGAUUUUUCCAAAUAUGAAACCUCUCCACAAAAGCUUCGUUUGAAAAGGUUAAAAUCCCAGAAAGAAGACAUUCCAGAAAACAAAGGAACUCUCUUCGAGUAUGGUUUCUGGAAGUAUGCAGCACCUGAACCUGAAAAGAGUGAACUUGUGGACAGAAGAAAGUCAGAAAAUGAGCUAAACAUCAAAAUGGCACUGCAAAGAUCCACUCAAGAAGAUCUUAUCGGAAAUUUUUCCAAACCCUUUGCCUUACCACUCACUCCGGGAAAACACCAGGAUCUCAAGUCGAUCACGUGUGAGACACUGGCUCAUCUCAUAAAUGGCAAGUACGAAGACACUGUCGCCUCCUUCAAAAUUAUAGACUGCAGAUACCCCUACGAGUAUGAAGGUGGCCACAUCAAAGGCGCCAUUAACCUGUACACCUGUGAUCAUAUCUCCAAAGAAUUGCUGCAAUGUAAAGAAAAACCAAGGGAGACGUCACAGACUACAAAACGAGAUAUACUUGUUUUCCAUUGUGAAUUCUCCUCAGAGAGAGGACCUUUUCUGUCUCGCUUUCUUAGGAAAGAGGACAGGGCCGGUAACGAUUACCCUAACUUGCACUACCCUGAGAUGUAUUUGCUGCAUGGUGGCUACUCGGAGUUCUACAGGCAUUACAAUGAAAUGUGUGAGCCACGGUCUUACAGGACGAUGCAAGACCCAGCUCAUCAGACGGAGUUCAAGCACUUUAAGGCCAAGUCCAAAUCGUGGGCGCCGGGGAGUCACAAGAAACACACGAUACGCUCGCUGGCCAGACUGGGCUUCUGAACGAAAGUGGAGGCUUCAAUUGCUGUUUUUCUAGUCGUGCUAGACUCUCCCCCUUGAGAAAGCCCUUGCAAUUUUAGCCGAUUGGUCACCCACCCCUUCCCAAACAAGUUGCAAUCAAUGUUACCUCAUCCGCAAUAACUAUUUGAGGUUUUUAGCAAACCCGUUAAAAUGUUAAUGGAAAACCUCAUCGGUUUUCUAUGUUCUUUUUUAAAUAUUUUUUGAAAAGAAAAACAUUAGAAAAUUGU